AUGGCAUCGGUUGGCACAAAAGACACAGGUGUCGCCUGGUUCCAGGCCGAGCUUGAGGACGUCAAUCCUCAAGCCAGGGCCAUUCUGGAAACAUACUGCAAGUUACCUUCGGAUGAGGUUGUGCCGCAUGUCUUGAGAAUCCGAGAUAAAGCAUGGGCAGUCUUCCCCUACCCAUGCAUCGGUCAAUUUCGCUUCCUGGACAUGCCUCUGGGCGGCUUUGAUGCAUACCCAGAAAUCGUGCAGAGGCUCAAGUCUGGCAACAACAAAUACCUAGACCUGGGUUGCUGCUUUGGGCAGGACAUCCGCAGACUGGUCGCUGAUGGUGUACCCGAAAAAGCCUUGAUUGGAUGUGAUCUCCACCAAGGAUUCCUGGAUCUUGGAUAUGAUCUCUUCAAGGACAAGGACAAGCUUAAAAGCGACCUCAUCACCGCAGACGUCUUCGAGUCCAAGUCAGAACUUACUCAGCUCUAUGGAAGUAUCGACAUCAUCCACGCAUCGUCCUUCUUCCAUUUGUUUGGCUACGAAGGACAAAAGAAGAUUGCAAGACGAGUGGUCCAAUUGCUCAAGCCCAAAAAGGACUCGCUACUUGUAGGACGUCAAGUGGGCAACGUCAAGUCUCACGAGGCAGAGUCAGCUGCCAGCGGAAGCGGCAACAUGUUCCUGCAGAACGUGGAGUCGUGGAAGCGAAUGUGGAAGGAGAUUGGUGAAGAGACGGGCACCCAGUGGGAGGUCAAGGCUACAUUGGAAGACUGGCCCAUGGCUGAAGGUAAGAAGAUCGCAUGGCACAACGAGGGUACUAAGAGGAUAUUCUUCUCGGUCAGGAGGCUGUGA